AUGUCUAACCCCCGCGUUGAAGAACUCCCCGACGAGGAGCCCAAGAAGACCACCGUCCAGGACCAUGAGGAUGAUUCCAGCGACGAUUCCGAGGUUGAGGAGGUCGGCGAGGGUCAGCUCCCCGCUGGUUCUACCGUGAUCCACAACCGCAACGAGAAGAAGGCUCGCAAGGCCCUCGAGAAGCUGCACCUCACCCGCAUCCCUGGCAUCACCCGUGUCACUCUCCGCCGUCCCAAGAACAUCCUCUUUGUCAUCAACAGCCCCGAGGUCUACAAGUCUCCUAACAGCAACACCUACAUUGUCUUCGGUGAGGCUAAGAUCGAGGACGUCAACGCUGCCGCUCAACAAGCUGCCGCCGCUCAGCUCGCCUCCCAGAACGCUGAGGACCACUCUGGCCACAACCACGGCGAGCCCAGCAAGGCUGCCGAGGCCGACGAGAAGAAGGAGGACAAGGACGACGAUGAUGAGGAGGAGGAGGAUGAGGAGGAGGAGGUCGAUGCCUCUGGACUCGAGGACAAGGACAUCGAGCUUGUCAUGACCCAAGCUAACGUCAGCCGCAACAAGGCUGUCAAGGCAUUGAAGGAGAACGACAACGAUAUUGUCAAUUCCAUCAUGGCUCUAAUUCCCUGGACGUUCGGCAAAGUCAUCAAACAACCAAAUCAAGAUCAUCCUCUCCGCUCUCUCGACAUCGCAACCUUCUUCAAAAUGGCGACUCGAAGCGCAGCUCUCAAGCUUGACUGGACCAAGGUCACCAGCUCCCUUGGUCUCCGUGGCCAGACCGUUGCCUCCCUGCAGGCCUUCAAGAAGCGCAACGAGGACGUCCGCCGCAAGGUUCAGCAGCUCCAGGAGCAGCCCACUACCGUCGAUUUCUCCCAGUACCGAUCCGUUCUUAAGAACCAGGCCAUCGUCGACGAGAUCGAGAAGCGAUUCAACGCCUUCAAGCCCGUCACCUACGAUGUCAGCCGACAGCUAAAGGCCAUCGAUGCCUUUGAGGCUGAGGCCGUCAAGAACGCUGAGGCCACCAAGCAGGCCGUCGACCUCGAGCUCAAGGACCUUGCCGCUACUCUCAAGAACAUUGAGGAGGCCCGACCAUUCGAGGACCUCACUGUCGACGAGGUUGCUGCUGCCGAGAAGUCCAUCGACGAGAAGACCGAUCAACUCGUUUCCAAGGGACGAUGGAUGGUGCCAGGCUACAAGGAGAAGUUCGGCGACUUGGCUAUGGUUUAG